GCAGGAUCGAGAAUCAACAUGGAAGAGGGCUCGACUUGAAAAAGCGAACAAACUUGGAUUUAGCCCAAUGAAACCCCAACAAUUACUUGGUAUAUCAAAGAUAUAAUAUCAAAGAGACGUUGAAUAAGGUUUAAGUCUUUUUAUGGAAUGAAUUGGACGUAUUUGGAGGACCGAAGUGAACAGCUAUUUCUGUAUGAUCGGUCGCAUCGCGAGCAAGUAUGCGACUACAAUUUAACGUGUUUUGGGUUUCUUUCGCCGUUUAUUUCAUAUGUUUGAUGAACUUUACACACGGAAAGAAGAUUUCAAAGCGAAAAUCAAUUCAUAGAAUUCCUCUUAUUCGGACGAAAAGAGAUUUAAGAGAUUCACAUGGAGUACCGAUGGAAAACCUCAAAGGGCGCCCAGGACAAGGGUAUUACAUUGCGACUAAUUUAGGAAAACCUCCACAACGGAUUAAUGUACUUGUAGACACAGGAAGUAGUAACUUUGCUGUAGCUGCUGCGGGUCAUCCUUAUGUACCAUAUUAUUUUCACAUUGAAAAGUCUAAAACAUACAAAGACCUGAAUAGGCCAGUGUCUGUGCCUUACACUCAAGGGAAUUGGGAAGGAGAGCUGGGCUCUGACCUUUUAAAGUUUAUAGAAGGACCAAAUGCUACUGUUAGAGUAGAUGUGGCCAGUAUUUUGUCUUCUGAAAACUUUUUUAUCAAUGGAUCAAUGUGGGAGGGUAUCCUGGGGCUAGGAUAUGCAAGGCUGGCAAAGCCUGAUUCAAGUGUUGUUCCUGUUUUUGACCAGUUUGUAAGAGAAAGAGCUGUCCAAAAAGACUCUUUUUCAAUGCAGCUUUGCGGAAGCAGUGAGAUUGAGCCGUCAUCAGAGCCUACAGUGGCAGGAACUAUGGUAUUUGGUGAUAUUGACGAUGAAUUGUAUAAAGGCGACAUGUUAUAUACCCCUAUAGUUAAAAAAUGGUAUUAUGAAGUAGUUAUUACUGAUAUUGCUGUMGAUGGGGAAAGUCUAAAUUUGGAUUGUAAAAAGUAUAACUAUGACAAGACUAUUGUUGACAGUGGCACCACCAAUCUCAGAGUAUCUGAAGAAGUAUUCAACUCUAUUCUAGACAGACUACGAAAGUUUGACAGACUUGGAGUACCAGAUGACUUUUGGUAUGGCAGACAAAUGAUGUGCUGGAAUUAUGACAAAACUCCUUGGGAGGAAUUUCCUGAUAUGUCCAUUUCACUUUUAUCAUCAAUCAGCCCUUCAAAGGAAUUUAGACUUAAGAUUCCUCCUCAGUUAUAUUUAAGAGAAACAAUAGAGCAUGGGCCACUGUUGGGACAGCAUUGUUAUAAAUUUGCAAUCACWAGAGCUGAAAAAGGCACUGUUAUUGGAGCAGUCAUUAUGGAAGGCUUUUAUGUGGUAUUUGAUAGAGAAAAUGUGCAAGUUGGAUUUGCAGCAACUACAUGUGGAGCUGAGGGUCGUCUGAAUCCAAGGUCUGAGGUUUCUGGUCCAUUUAGUAGAGAUCCUGUAGACUGUGAAUAUAUAGAGACAGAAAGUUCAGACACAGCACUAUUAACAGUAGCAUAUGUUAUGGCGGGGGUUUGUGGGUUGUGUUUAUUACCAAUAUUCAUUCUUCUUGGUCAAGCAAGCUGCAGACGUAAAAAAGAUCCGGCUAGCUUACUGUCAGGCAGUGACUAUAAAUAGGCAAACAAUUCACAUACUAGCUUAUUUAUUACUUAGGAUUGGUGGGUUGACAAAKAUGAUGAUUUCACUUUGGGCAACUGCUUCCUUAUACUAUACCAUGGUAGAUACAGUCAAACACAAUCAGACCUUAAUAAUGAAGUAUCAGCAAUCAGCUACUGUUCACUGCAAAGGGAGGUUUUUUUUUAGUCAUUUUUGUUUUAGUGAGAUGUCUUGAAGUGUCUGCCAUAAUUUGGUAUCCAUGACAUCACGGUGUCUGCUCUUUAUAUCAAAACUAAAUGAAUAUUUUUUUAAUCAAUGUAUGCUAAAAAGAUUUUUCUUUUGUUUGGUGGUGGGGGGAGGGGGGGCCUAGGUGGAGAAGAACAGGCUUCUUUCUGGUAAAUCAUGUUUUAUUGAUAAUUUUGGAAAUAACUCAUCCACACCUCCUUAGUAAUAAAUUAGGCAUAACGACUUGUAUAUUCAUUCUAUGUUUAUGUUGUAUAUAUAUUAUGCUGUUGUAAGACAUGUACUCCUUGAAUCAAACAACUCUGUAUAGCAAAUAGCUUUGUAAUUUAAUUAUGAGACAAUGCAAUAUUGUUUGUCUAUAACCAUAUAUAUUUGUUAAUAUCAUAGUCAUGACAUAAUAGAUUAAACUAAAAAAAAAAACUAUUUAAGGCCCAUUAUUAGCAUUCAUCAGAUAUUAAUGUAUGACGAAAAUAUACACAUAUUAUGCAAUAUACCUAUUUGUAACAAACAUGAAAAAUUGUGGAAAUAAAAAUCGAUAUUUGUGUU